AUGAGGAGAGCACUACCUCGUCUGAGCGGAUCUGCCUCGUCCACCGCGGCCAGCUCGGGUGCCGUUUCCUCGAGCGUCCCUGGUGGCCCUGGUGCCGUUUCGUCCACUGCCUCGGCCAGUUCGGGUGCCGUUUCGUCCAAUGCCCCGGCCAGCUCGGGUGCUGUCUCCUCGGGCGUCCCUGGCGGCCCGGGUGGCCCGGGCGCUUCUGCCAGCUCGACCGCCGUCCCGUCAAAUGCCCCAGUGAGCUCGGGCGUCUCCUCAGGUGCUCCUGCCGGCCCCAGCGGCGCUUCAUCGACCGUACCUACAGGCACCGGCACUGGUGUCUCGUCAUCCGCGAGCUUGUCAGCCUCGGUCUCCCCUAGUGGCCCCAUCUCCUCCUCGGUGGAAUGGACGACGUCUACAAUCUACUCGACAACCACGUACACCAUCACGUCGUGUGCUGCCACUGUCACCGACUGCCCGAGCAAGAUUGGCCAGGUCACCACUGAGAUUAUCUCGGUCACAACGACUGUCUGCCCCGUGACCGCCGCAGCACCCGCCACUGCCACCGCCGCGCCGGUAACCACGGCCGUCCCUGCCGGCUGGGUCACGUCGACAAUCUACUCGACAACCACGUACACCAUCACGUCAUGUGCUGCCACUGUCACUGACUGCCCAGCCAAGAUCGGCCAGGUCACCACGGAAGUGAUUGCCGUCGGCACCACUGUGUGCCCCGCCGAGGAGGGCUCCGCUGCACCCACACCUACUGGUGCUUUCGGCGCCGCUGCCGUCCAGUCGGGCUCGGCCGAGAUCACCAACACGCUCCUCACAAGCGCCAAGCCUGUUGCCACCAACGUUCCGGCUGGCGGCGCUGCUGCUCAGAACAGCCCCAAUCCCACACCUGCUGCCUCUCCGGCAGCCGUGGGCACGGGCGGCCUCUCGGCAGUCUCGCCGAGCGCUUCAGCUACGUUCCCGGUCACCGCCGGGGCCGGCCGCAACGCCGCUGUGACUCUUGGUAUGCCGGCUCUUGUGGUCGCGCUCUUCCUUGCUCUCUAA